CUUUCAUCUUCUCAUCUCAUUUCAUCUUGUCCUCUCUUUUCUUUUCAUCCAUCUCAAUUCCAUUUUAUUUCACAUAUACUCCCAUAUAACAACAUGAGCGGAUACGGUUACAACGGCGGCGGCGGCGCCUCCGACGACUACUACGGCGGUGGUGGUGGUCGUCCCUCGCACGGCGGCGGUAGCUCUUAUGGCGGCGGUAGCUCCUAUGGCGGCGGAAGCUCUGGUGGCUACGACGGUCCUCCUCAGUCGAGCGGAUACGGGGGUGGUGGCUCGUACGGAGGCCCCUCGUAUGGUGGUAGCUCCGGUGGUCACGGUGGUCACGGUGGUCCCCCUCAUGGCAGCUCUGGCGGCUACGGCGGUCCUCCUCAGUCCGGCGGCUAUGGCGGUGGUGACUCCUACGGUGGCGGUAGCUCUGGUGGCUAUGGCGGCCCCCCUCAGUCCAGCGGCUACGGCGGUGGUGACUCCUACGGCGGCCCUUCCUACGGGGGUAGCUCCGGUAGCCACGGAGGUCCUUCUCACGGCAGCUCCGGCGGUUAUGGAGGCUCGUCUCAGGGCCACGGCCGCCACGACUCCGACUCGGACGACGACUUUAACCCUGCCCUCUCGCACGCUCAAUCCUCCGGCGGCUCGGGCGACAGCAGCCUGUUCAGCAGCGCCCUGUCUUUCAUCAAAGACCAAAAGAAGAAGAAGGACUACAAGAAUGACGAGAUCAACGAUAACGAAAUGGUUUCCGCGCACCAGUCGCUCUACGGCAGCGGUGGCUCUGAUGACCGCAAGCACGACUCGAACUCCGUUGGUAUGGGCGCUGCCAUGCAGGCGUUGAAGAUGUUUACUUCGAGUGACUCGGGUUCGGGAUCAGGAUCGAGCUCGGGUGGUAUGGAUAAAAAUAAGUUGAUUGGUAUUGCCAUGUCGCAGGCUGGUGAUUUGUGGGAGAAGAAGAACUCUGGUGGUCAGGCUAGCGGCGACAAGCAAUCUGCCGUCAACUCGGCUGCUGAGAUGGCUCUUAAGAUGUACAUGAAGAGCAACGGCAGCGGCUCGCAGGGCACCGGUGGCCCUAGCAGUUCUGGUGGUGCUAGUGGCUUGUUGAGCUUGGCGAGCAAGUUCAUGUGA